GCUCCCGGGGUCGAAGGCCAGAGCAAACUUAGACCGUCCUCGCUACGCCACCCGAAUACCCCGGGCCGCCCCAAGGGCAGGGCCAGCUAGGGCUGCCCGCCCAACCCGGCCCGCCGCCGCCUCGGUCGUGGAAUUCGCCAGCAGCCCUGAGGCUGCGGGGACAGGUGACCGACCGGCAGUACCCAUUGCCUUGCACGCUCCUCUCGCGGAUCUCUGUCCGGAGGGUUGAGCUGGGUAGCCGAGGGCAGUCGACACGAGAUUUCGACCUCCCUACUUCUAAGAGGGGAUCAGUUGGGGUCUUCCAUUCACCCCCGACAACAUUGGUGCGCCCCAGUGCGUUCCCGGAGUUUGCGCGCCCCUUGUCCCCAAGCCCCUCUGGGACCUGGGUACAGAAUAGGGCUUGAAUAUUCUAACGCUUUAUCAGCCCCACUUUCCGGGUGCUGGUGGGCCUUGCCCCCUUUUCCCUCGAAGGUCCUGGACGAAUGGAGAGGGGCCGUGCCUCGGAACUUCUCUCGGCGCCCAGAGGACCGGUUUACUCGGAGCAGGCACCCAGCACUGGCAAAUAUAUCGCCUCAACACAACGACCUGACGGGACCUGGCGCAAGCAACGGAGGGUGAAAGAAGGCUAUGUGCCCCAGGAGGAGGUCCCAGUGUAUGAGAACAAGUAUGUGAAGUUUUUCAAGAGUAAACCAGAACUGCCCCCAGGUCUGAGCCCCGAGGCCACUGCUCCUGUCACCACAUCUAGGCCUGAAGGGGGCGAGCCAGGCCUCUCCAAGACAGCCAAACGCAACCUGAAGCGGAAGGAGAAGCGGCGGCAGCAGCAGGAGAAGGGGGAGGCAGAGGCCUUGAGCCGGACUCUCGAUAAGGUGUCUUUGGGAGAGACUGCCCAACUCCCCGGUGCUCCGCAGGGCUCCCGGGCAGCCUGUACAGCAGCCUCUGACCAGCCUGACUCAGCUGUCACCGCCGAGAGGGCCAAGAAGAUAAAGAACCUAAAGAAGAAGCUUCGGCAGGUGGAAGAGCUGCAGCAGCGGAUCCAGGCUGGGGAAGUCAGCCAGCCCAGCAAAGAGCAGCUGGAGAAGCUAGCCAGGAGGAGGGUGCUCGAGGAGGAGCUCGAGGACUUGGAGCUGGGCCUGUGAGGCCUUUGGGAAGUAGGGAAUGGACUGCAGAACAAACCAUGGGGCUCUCUGGGGUCCUGGGGAAUGUGGGCAGCGGCAGUCAGGAGGGGGUACCCCUCAUCCUGGCUCACUUCCACCUCUCAUGGCCCAACUCCGUCCUCCAGAGCCUAGCCUCGCCGUCAUUCCUUCCCUCUUCUUCCCAACUCCUAUUUUUUGGACUUUUCUCUCUCCCAUUCCCAGUGUUGAAAAUCUCAGUGACUACCCCAGGUACCUUUGCUGCUGAUGUGGGUGUCUUGUUUAAAAGAAAAUUGGAGGGGUGGGAAUCUCUUGGAGAACUGAGGUCGAGGGUAGGGGGAGUACACCAAAGUCUUGGAGUCUUGGUUCCUGUUCACAGUGUUUAUGGGUUAUUUCUCCGUCCAUCCCUCACCUUUUUUUUUUUUUUUUUAAAGAACAGAAUAAACUCAAGUAGACAA